CGCGGGUGCCUCUCGCCAUGUCCCAGAUCCUGUGCGAGUGGCUCAACCGGGACGUGAAGCUCUCCCGGCGCAUCGUUCCAGGAUCAUUUCCAGAAGAAUUUUCUACUGGCUACCUCCUAGGAGAACUUCUGCACAAAUAUGGUCUUCAGGAUGACUUCAAACAAUUUUCACAGAACAGAGGUGCAGAUGCAAAAAUUAACAAUUUUUCUCGCCUGGAACCCACGCUUCACCUCCUUGGUGUGCAAUUUAAUGAGAAUAUGGCCCAAGACAUCAUGACAAGACAGCAUGGGGCUGCGACAAAGCUUUUAUAUGAAUUGUAUAUUGCUUUAGAAAAAAAGAGGAAGGCAAAGCUCACUGGAGUAGUCGUGGGAGCAAUGAGACCUGCAGCAACUGCAAAGCUUAUGUCUACUCAGAGUAGAAAUCAAGAGCAUUACAUAGGAAGGAGACAGAAUGAAAUAAUGGCCAGGAUUCAAACAGCUGCUAUACAGAUUCAAAAACAACCAUCAAGACCCACCAUAAAAUUUUCUGAAGCCAAAAAAAUCUUAAAGAAGAAAAGGGAAGCAGAGAACGUAUACAAGGAGAUAGAAAAGUUUGAGAAGUCUAUGACAGGAAAUGUCUCUGCAGUACAUGGCCAUGUGACCAACAGCGAUAUGCAAGAAUUAUUGCAAACACAGAAGUUUCCAGAAGCAAAUCUAGAAACUAUACCAGCGACAAGAACUGAGCUGUUAAAUAUUUAUUCAGAGGAUGAAUAUUUAAGGAAAAUUCAAAAACGUGUACAGGAAGAUACAUUCGCUAGAGAGCAACGAGCAAAGAGACGACGAAAAAUGCUAGUGGAUCAGUUAGCAAUACAUGAGAUUCAAGAGAAGGUUUACCGGGAGGAGCAGCUCAUUUACAGGCUAAUGAAACAAUCUCAGCAUGAGCGAAGGAUUGCUGCUCAACUCAUGCAUGUUCGGCAUGAAAAAGAGGUGAUAAGGCAAAACAGAAUUUUCAGGGAAAAGCAAUAUGAAGAAAGACGGCGGAAGGAGUUCCAGGAAGCCCUUGACAGAGAAGCGGCUCUUGCAAAGCAAGAAACUAUUGAUAAUGAAGAACAAAUAACCAGAGAAAGAAAAUACCAUGAGAAAAUUGCUGCUGAAAGAGCUCAGGCACGCUAUAAAAAGCAUUAUUCUAUGUGUUGGGAAAUGAUAGACCAAAUCAUUGAUAUAUCGACAAAAGUAGGAGAAUAUCGUCAACUGACGAACAACCGUGUUCCAUUUAAACUGAUGCUGGAUUGGAAGGAACUUUUUUUUAAAGGAAAACCAAUAUAUGAACAAGCCUCAGUUCAACCUUUGUCAGAUGAACCUAGCCCAGAACAACUUGUAGAGCUGAAUAAAAUCAGUCUGUUAGAUGAAAAAGAUUAUGGUGAAUACAAGAGUAUGACAGGGGAAUGGAGCCCAGCUGAAGAGAACAGUGAAAACAAACCUCCUCCUAAUAAUAACAUAUUGGGUCAUAUACUUCGUAGACUGAUGGAAAUGUUCUAUCCUCCAAAACCCAAAUCUUCACGUGAAUUUCCUUCAUUUCCUGUCAAGGGAUGUGUUUUGGGAAAAAUGUUUAGUGGAAAAACUACCUGUGCAAAGUUUAUUGAAAAAGUUUGCAAUAUUCAGGUACUAUCUGUUGGCACUCUGGUUCAGGAGGCCAUUGAAGCUUUUCUUAAUAAUGAAAUGAAAAGUGAAUCCAGCAUAAUAUCACAGGAAGCAGAGAGUUCUGGAGAGCAAAAUGAGGACCAGGAAAACUUACCAAAUUCACCACCAAAUCUAGAGGAGCUUGAAACCACAGACGCACAACUUACCACAGAACUUACCACAGAACCCAGCACGGAACUUACCAUAGAACUUACCACAGAACCCAGCACAGAACUUAGCACAGAACCGACCACAGAACUUACCAUAGAACUUACCACAGAACCCACCACAGAACCCACCACAGAACUUAACGCAGACAAUUGUCCUGUUGAAAAGGAUACAUCCCAGGAAGAAAUCCAGGAAGAAUUUGAAUUGGAUAGCAGUCAGGAUGGCCUAUCCAAGCUGUCUGUGCGUGCCAAACUUGGUGCUGAAUUACAGAAAUGGCUGAAGAACGGAAAAAGUGUUCCUGAUGAAUUGCUAGUUGACAUCCUAUUGGAAGCCAUUACCCAAAUAUCACCAGAGAAGGGGUGGAUUGUGGAGGGGUUUCCAAUGACAAUCAAUCAGGCAAAGCUAUUUGAAAAAUCCUAUACAGGGAUUGAUGUAGAAGCAAAAGAUCCAAUUUCUGAAAAGCUGUCCCUUGCUAUAGAUCCCAGAGCCCCUACCCAGCCUCGUCCUACCUCACCUGCAUUUGAUGUUUCUAUAUUAUUGGAUAUUUCAGACAGUCUGGUACUGGAACGUGCAGCUAACAUGAAGUUUUUCCACACAGUUGAUGAAAGAAAGGCUUCUCAGUCUGAACAGAGCAGCAAUCAAAAUUCAGAUUCUGAAAUCCUAGAAGAAAAUAUUGACUUGGCCAGGGAGCAGGUGCUACAUAGGAUUUCAGGCUUCCUAAAGACAUGGCCAAAAUUAGAGAAAUGGUUUUCAGUCCAACAAAACAAUCUAGUGAAAGUAAAUGCAGAGACAGAAGAAAGUCUUGUGUGUGAAACAGUGAAGGAAAUUAUAAUAGAAGAAAUUGUGAAAAAUCAGGAUAGAAGGUCUGCUGAAGAAAUACCACCACCACCAGAAGAAGAAGAGGUUUUACCAGUUACAGAUGAAGAAGAGGUUUUACCAGUCACAAAGGAAGAAGAAAAGGUUUUACCAGUUACAGAUCAGUCUCCUCCCUCAUCUGAGGCACCACCAGUGAUUGAACCAGGAUCGGAUGAAUGGAUUUAUGUAGAGGAACCACUUCCCCAGGAGAUGAUUGAUUUUUUAGUACCUUACUGGGAAGCGGUAGAAAAUACAUAUAUGAAUACGAUCAAAACUGUACUUAGAUGUCUAAGGGAUGAACAGUACACUAUAAUUCAUUACACAUCAGAUAUUAGAAAAAAAUUUCAAGAUUAUUUGAAACGUCCACAUCUUAAGCAGGAGUUUGUAUCUCUGUGGCAAGCAGAUUUUAAUUCAAUAUCUAAUGAGCUGCAAGAUGAUGAGGAAACAAAAGCUGAACUACACCAAAGGGUUACUGACCUAAGAGAUCUUCUCUGGGAUAUCUGUAACACCAGAAGGGAAGAGGCAGAGCUGGAACGUACUGGUAUCAUGAAUGAAGGGUGGUUACCAGAUCGUAGGGGGAUUGCAAUGAACCAUUUCUUUACAAUUAUGCAGGCUGAACUGGAUCGUUUCCAAGAUACAAAGAGACUUCUUCAUGACUAUUAUAGGGCAAUGGAAGGAAAAAUCCCAACAGAAGACACUCAAGAUUUUACUAGAAUCCCAUUGUUAGAUAUUAUUAAUGGAGAGCAGAAGGAAGAUCAAGUUGAACCAAGAAGGAUUCCUCUAGUUUCUUUGAAAACACCUACACCAAGUAAUACAGAGUCAGAAAAGAGUGGAACUAAGAAGAGUCGUCUUAAGGAUAAUAAAUCUGAAAAUGAAGUGCCCACUUGCAGGGAUGAUAAAACUCUUAUAAUUGAUACAUGGCAAGCAGCAGUAACAGCAGUAUCAGAUAUGGUAACAGCUGAAAUAGAGUUUAGAGAAAUGGAGGAAGAAAAUGAACGUCAGCUAAAACAGAAAUCUUCAAAAUCUUCAAAAGUGGCUGGGAGAGAUACCAAAGCGGCCAAAAAUGCAUCUUCCAAAUCACCUCCUAAAAAAAAAGGAGCAAAAGCCACUCCAGCUCCUAUAGACCCAGAAGAAUUAAGGAAAGAAGAAGUGGCAGUUAAAAUAAAGCAAGAAUAUUUCAGUGCCUUGAAACAGGAGGAGGCAGCCACAAAAUCUCGGCUAGAACUUGUAAAAGAAAAAGCUUUAGCGUUUCUUGAGGAUCUAAAAUUUAAAGCAGAAGAGGCUUAUAAAGAUAUGGAGAAGUGGCUUGGAUCCACCUUCUUGGAGGAAAGAUCAAGUGUUGAAAGACUGGUAGAGGUUGCACGACAUCAUAUUGAGAGUGCUAGCAAAAUCUUAUAUGAAAUGACUUUAGAAGGAACAGAUUUCUUCAUCAAUGGUGAUGUAAAAAUGGUUCCUGACCCUAUUCCUGACCCUGAUCCUCCACCAGAAUUUCAACGUAUAGAAACCUCUGAAAGCAGUACUCUAACUAUUUCACAACUUACUACACUUCAUACACAGUUUCUGCAGCUGGCACCUAAAGGGACUCUCGGGGAUGACGAACCAGACAAUUUUGACAUUGAUUGCUUCAGCCAGCUGGAAAUUAAGGACUCCUUCAGCAGCCUGACCUGCAAUUUCACCGAGCUGUCUCCUUACAACACUAACUACACCCUGUCUCUGUGUACCAAGGAAGACAACAAUUAUGCCUGCUCCAACAUGAAGAAACAGGAAGAUGUAUUCUUCUUACAGUUCAUUGAUAUACUCUCAAACAGAGAUGUUUGCAUGUACUCUGAGACGAAGAGAAGGGUCUGCAGGAGUCUGGUUGUAACUGACAUUGUUAAGCCCGAAGUACCAUUUGCUAUAAACAUCACCUAUGAAAGGGAGGCAAAUGAAUAUCUCAUUCGUUACUGCACGCCACACUCAAGGAAGAAAUACUUAAAGGACAAGCUAGUGCACCAAGUAGCCUAUCGGCAGAAAGAAGGUACUUGGAAGACAAUAGAGUCACCAUACCUUCAGAUAAAAUUGCUGGGGAAAAACCUUGAAAACGAAGCAUCGUAUGAGGUGAAAGUACGUUCUCAGCCCAAUGGAGAUUAUUUUAAGGGCACAUGGAGUGAAUGGAGCACUUCCAAGAGCUUCAAAACAGCAAGAGAGCAGCACUCCACCGAAAGCUACAGCAGUGUGGUCAUGGUUAUACUCUCCAUCCUGGGAUUCAUGCUGUCCGUUGUUGUGAUUGCACUGAUCGUAGUUUUUUGGGAAAACAGGAUCAAGCCUGCUGUAUGGCCAAACCUUCCUGACCAUAAAAAAACGCUGGAGCAACUAUGCAAGAAGCCAAAAAACAAUUUUGAUAUAAGCUUUAACCCAGAGAGCUUUGGUUAUGUUCAUAUCCAUAAAGUGGAUGGCCUUUGGGCAAAAGCUGAACUGGAAAAUUUUCUGCAGCCAUCAACUGCUCCAGAGACAAGCCUUCCAGAAAAAUUCAGGAGUGGAUCAGACCUGAAGGUGAUCCCUGCGAUGGCAGACAAAACCAGCCCAAACCUGCCGGUGUCUUACGAAGGGGCCUGGCCGGCUGACGCCCUGCACAGGCUGCUGGGCCCCGGCCAGUUUGCAGUCACCGAGGGCAGCUGCAGCUCCAGCACCUAUGAGCUUUGCCACGGCAACAGGGUGCCCCUGCACCACGAUGGUUUCAGCCUUUCCUCCACCCGUGCCCUGGAUCCUUCGGGGCAGCCCCAUCCAGAGCCCCUGAACGGCGACACCCGGCGCCAGAUGCUGCCUCACAGUGACAUGAGAUCACCCAGCAAUGAGGAAGCCUACGUCACAAUGUCCAACUUCUACAAAAUCCAGUAG